AUGGUCAGGACAAGCGUCCCCAUCCCCGCCAACGAGGCGCCCAGAGGUCAGAAGAAGGACGGCGUCGUCCGUUCAUCCCUCGAGCUCGUUUUCAGCUACUCCCGAUCACAGCAACGCUUCAACGGCGGCUUACCGUCCGCACCGUCCUUUGUCGACUACCAGUGGUCGGCCGACGACAGCGACGCCGACACGGGCACGCCGGGCGAGUACGACACCGAGUCGGCGUGGAGCGGCGACGAACACGACGACAGCGCCACCAGCGAGGUGUUCUUCCCCACUGACCCAGUGCGCCAGUCGCAGGAGCGCUCCAUGGGACCAGCGGGUGGCGCGCUCGCGCUCUCGACGGUGACGGAGAGGGAGGAGGAGAUUUCACCAAAGUCGACGCCGCUCGCGACACCACUCCUACCAGCAAAGAGGGGUGGUAUCAUGAGCCUCUUUUCCACGACUCCGCCAGUUCUCUCGUCCAGCGUUGGCUCGAACGGGUCCCAGACGCCCCGCCCGCCAGUCCGCCUGCUUCCCGACGUGGAGGCGACAAGCCCCCAGACUUACACUGGUAACCGCUACCAUGCCCAGCGCGGAUCGCUCGGUCUGCAUCCCUUCCCCGGGCCGGCAAACGCCAACAAGGACAAGGACCGCACCCCGCCAGCGGACAAUGAGAUCGGAAGAGCACCGGACUUGGGCCGCUGGGGCUCGACUCACGCCGAGGGCGCCGAAGUGAUCGGCGUCACAGGCGUCAGCGGCGCAGGGUCAGUCAAUGGACCCAGCGUCCCGCCGGCUGAAGUGUCAGCAACAGCGACGGCUACAGACGGAAGACAGAUCUCUCGCCAAGAUCAGGUUGUCGGGGAGUUUUUCUCAUCGGGGACGGACAUCUGCCUGCAUGGACGUAAGCAUGCUCGCAUCAAAGUCCGCCUGCUUCCCGACGUGGAGGCGACAAGCCCCCAGACUUACACUGGUAACCGCUACCAUGCCCAGCGCGGAUCGCUCGGUCUGCAUCCCUUCCCCGGGCCGGCAAACGCCAACAAGGACAAGGACCGCACCCCGCCAGCGGACAAUGCGCCUCUCCCCGCUGAGCGGCCGACGGAGAGCACGCCGCUGCUGAAGGCGCAGCCCUCGCCGCGACGACCCUCCCGCUCAACGCCGAAGCGUUGGGUCAAUGGGCACUUGUCGCCGACCGUCUCGUCUCGCCGCAGUAGCAUUGCUGGCAGGCGGGGGAGUGUCGUGCGCCGGAGGAGCAAGCAGCUGGAGCACGUCGGCGAGUCGAGCGACGGGCAGACUCUCCUCGCACGCAUGAUGUUCUCCGACCCGCUCCUCACGGGAUACACGGAUAUCGGGCGCAAGGCAUUCGGCCCGUGGGCCGGAGCAGUCGUCAACGGACUGUUCUGCCUCGAGCUCUUCGGUCUCUCUGUCGCGCUCGUCGUCCUGUUCGGCGACUCGAUGGAGAUUGUGAUCCCCCGCCUCUCAAGCGACACCUACAAGCUGAUCGGCUUCUUCCUCAUCCUCCCUACCGUGUUCAUGCCGCUGCGCAUGCUGUCCAUUCCCUCCGUCAUGUCCACCCUCGCCACGGUCGUGCUGGUCGGCAUCGUCGUGUUUGAUGGGUUCUGGAAGACCAAGGCGCCUGGCUCCAUCCUCGACCCGGCCCCGACGCGCAUGGGACCGGAGAUGUACCAGCUCAACUGGCUUGGUAGUAUCGGCCUGGUUCUUGCUGGAUUUGGAGGGCACGCUGUCAUCCCGUCCGUCGCGAGAGACAUGAAGAAGCCCGAGAGCUGUGACCGUAUUUUCAACAUUGCUUUCUUCAUCGCCGCGGCCAUCUCGUUCAUCUCCGGCGCGGCCGGCUAUCUCAUGAUUGGCGACGUUGUGUCUGACGAGAUCACGCGCGAGAUGCUCGACCCGUACUACGGCUAUCCCCGCGCUCUUAACAUGGUCGCCGUGUGGAUGAUCGUCGUGACCCCACUGACAAAGUUUGGCCUGUGCUCUCGCCCACUUAACGUCGCGGUCGAGGGAUUCCUGAACCUGGCUCCUGCGCCUGCGGUCGUUGCGCAGCGUGAAGCGGAGCACGAGGCGGAGCGUGAAGGCCGCACCAGCACCGAGUACGCCCGCAGCGAGCGCUACAGCGGGGAGCACCUGCGCUCCCCCCUGCUGCGGCCUAGGAGGCACAGCAUCACGGGCGCAAUGGAGUCGGCGAUCAGUGUGUUCUCGACCGCGGGCGUGUCGGACUAUCUGGGCGAGGACGACUCUACCAUCGGAGAGAGGCCCAAAUCGCCCUUGCCCGUGGCGGAGCCGGACGGAGCGGCAGAGGGCCGGAAGGGUAUCGGCCGCAUCGCGUGCCGUAUCGCGAUCACGGUGACGUGUGUGGCGACGGCGGUCCUCCUGCCCGGUUUCGGACAGGUGCUCGCGUUCCUGGGCAGUUUCUCGGCCUUCCUGAUCUGCAUUAUUCUUCCGGAAGGGAGUAGUGCUAACGGACAGCUUGGCUUCUGGCUCCGUCUCGGACCCCGCAUGCUCAAGUCGCCCGAGACGGCCGGCGACAGGGCGUGGCGAUACUUCCACUACGUGGUGCUCUUUGUCUCCACGAUUCUCAUGGGCAUGGGCACCGUGUGGAGCUUUAUUCCCACCGAGCGGCCCCCGGUGAUGCCCGUCUCCAGCGUCUCCAGCGCGCGCGUAUCGGCUACGACUCUCGCGCACUCCGCCCGCCUAUCCGGCACUCGAUCUCGAUGCAGCCUCUCCCCGUCCAGAAAUCUAUCGACGAGUCCGUCUAGGAGCAGAACGCCAAUCGCAGUCCCCACAAACCCAGGAUCAGAGAACCCGCCCAACUUCAAACCUGCAGUGGAAUACGAGCCGAUAGACAGGGGGCUGCCAUAUCGCCGCGCGCUACUGCUCUUCUCCAUCCCCGUACCGCCGACUUCCUGGCCCUCCCACGCCGAACUCAUGUGUCCCCUGUUCGGGAGCGUCCAGUUUGCCCUAAAAUCACACAAGAUCGGGAUGAACGUUGUGUAUGACGGGGUGGGGACUGCCACAGAUCUAAAGGGAGUGACGAGUCUGCCUGCAGAACUGGUGUUUCCGGACGGACGGGUUUACAAAUGGACGAAUUUCAGCGAGGCGACACUGGACGAGGCGAGCUUCCUGGACGCGACGCGGUACACAGCCCAACAGCCUGGACCUUGGAUAGCAGGGAUGGGAGUGCGGGCAACGCAGAGGAUCAUGGUGUGCACGCACGGCGCGCGGGAUUGCCGCUGUUCUGAGCGCGGCACACCGCUCGUGCACUCGCUCCGCACGGCUAUUGCCUCCAACUCCAACUCCAACGCCACCGCGGACUCCAAGAGCGACACCGCCGCUGACGCGGCGGAGCUAGCGGAUCUCGAGAUCGUCGAAAUCGCCCACGUGGGGGGCCACAAGUGGGCGGCGAAUGCGCUGCUGUAUCCCAGCUUGGACAUGUUCAGCAAUCUCUCUGCGGACGAUGCGGACAAGUUCCUGCGCUUCAUUCAGAGCGGGGGUGAGCAAGAGAAGGGGAUGUGGGAGCAUUGGAGGGGAAGGAUCGGGUAUAAUGACUUGGUCCAGAUGCAGCUUGGGCUGAGGGUUGACCGGAUUGUCGCCGAAUCCGAGUCCGCCACAGAGUCGAGAGAGAAGGCCAACGAGAGGAAGGAGGAGGAGGACGGCGACUCGCUCGAUUCAACGAAGAGUGCGCCGACUUCUUCUGGCUCGACGGCUACCACUCGCUCAAAGGGCAACUCGGCCCGCUUGGCCUCCGACCCACUCUCCGACCCCCUAUCCUUCGACACGCUCGACCCCCUCUCUGGCCACUCCGAGUUCAGCGGUCUCGACGGGCUCGACACGGCCUCCACCCGCCUGAAAUACGCCUCCUCCCCAACCGUCCCGCUCACCUUCACCACGUUCGACAACAAGCCCCUCUCUGUCUCCGCGCCCCUCGGCGCGUCCCUCUUGGAAGUUGCGAGACUCAACAAUCUCCCCGGUAUGGAGGGGACGUGUGGCGGGAAUUGCGAAUGCGCCACUUGCCACUUACACUUCCGACCAACUUGGGAGGAGGCACCAGUGCAGGAACCGAGUGAGGAGGAGGAGGACAUGUUGUUUACUGCGCUCGAGUAUCGGGAUGGCGAGAGCAGGCUUGGGUGUCAAGUCCGAGUUACUGAGGAACUGGCCGAGUGGAAUAAGGAUGGAGGAGUGCUCAAGUUGCCCCAGUACUAG